GUUGCACACUGAAUUACCUAGAGUUCCAUUGAUGAAUUGUUAAGAGUGGGGAGUAUCGAUUUUUUCGAGAAACUCCUCCAUUCAAGGCGUGCGCAAUUCAAUUUCCUCUGUAGGACGUUUAGCAAAAAAUCCAUUUUCCAAGAUGUCGUCCGCACGUAAAGUGAUAGAGAAUUUAGCUGUUGUCCUCUCCUAAAAAAGGAAUAAAUAAGUAACUCUAAAUUUAGCUUUGGAUAGUCGUAUGGUGUCAAUGGAGCCUUAAUAAAGUGAAUGUUUUUUUGAAAUAACACGAAGGCGUGUUGAAACUUGAUAAGUGAGCUACCAGAUUGAACUUUCCUUGAGGCGUAGUUUUUUCAUCAUAAAAAAACUAUUCAUGCUAAUUUUAUUACACCAGAAGCACUUUAAAAGAUACCUCCAGGUGUAAUUUGCAAGAAAAAGGUAAUACUUUUGCUAGUUUUAGUCUACGAGCAAAGCGUCGAAAAUAAGACAAUAUGGUGCAGUAAAGUAAAACACUUUGAUUUAGUCAUAACUCACAGCAGCAAAAGCCAUGGAAGAACUUUUUUUGAAUCUCAUUAAGGAGGCAACGGGCACAAAACUAUCAUAUCUGAAACAGGCAGCCCAGAGUGCUUAUGAUAAACUUUGCCGUCAGCAUGGCAUCCAUCGGGAUCCUUCUUAUGAUUUACGAUCCGUAUGCUUGGCACCAUUUCAAAUGGCCCUGGAAACUCGACGUCCUAAAUUUGUGACUCUGGCUCUAAAUGGGAUGCACCGAGUAAUUCGUGACGAACGUUUUUAUAUUGGACUUGAGCCAGAAGAUGAUUCGCUAUGGCUUCCAGCGCAGCUCUUACGAGCCACCGCAAAUGUGACGACAGCGCAAUCAAAUGAGGAUACUUUAGUACAUGUACUGCGGCUUUUUUUGGCCAUGGCUUGUUCACCGACAUGUACACUCAAUGGACGACUUCUUAUUGAGAUUCUCUGCCGAUGCGGAGAAAAUUGGGAGAGUGGUACGAGAGCUGUUAAGGCUGCUUCUUUAGCAGCCGCAAGUCAAUGCUUGAGAACGUUUUCUGCCUUUCUCAAGGAUGAAACGGAAGAAAUAAUGCGAACAGCCCCAGGAGCCCUAGUGACAGCAAGCCAAGCAGCAGCUGUUUACAAUGAAGUCAUACCCGUUAUGCAAUGGCUGUGCAGUCGCCUCGUGGAACCACGUAUGAGUGGUAGCCCUAAGCGAACAGAGUCUAAUGGAACGCUUUUCCUCACUGAAUGCAUCCUCACACUCACAAUAUCCCUCCCUCGAGAUGUGCAAUGCAAUCCGCAUUUCACAGCAUUUCUAUGGCAGAAGUUUUGCCCUACUCUGGCAGCAUCUUUGGGGUCACCAGGAAGGGUCAACCUGGAUAAAAAAUUCACAUACCGUGAUGCUUUACAUAUAAUCGAAAGUGAAACUAGGGGAUUUUUCACGGGUCCUGGACUCGAUGGACCGCAAGCACGAUGCAUCUAUCUCACGGCAAUUCAGCUGCUGCGGAUUUCCGGAACACAGGGAUCCUUGAGGCCAAUGUUAGAGGCUCUUUUUCAUCGGAUACUUCUUCUGCCAGCGCCUCAGAACCGUACUGAGCCACUAAGAUGUGUUAAGGAAAUCUUUAAAUCACCGGAAAGGCUUGUGGAUCUUGCUGUAAUCCUUUAUCCGGACAAGAGUCAGGGACAGAGCUGCAGUGAUGACAUGGCACUAUUCAGAUUAAUAAUCGAUGCAAUGGAGGAGUGUGCCAGUGUAUCCCCAUCUGGAGGAUCUUCAGAAGGUGCACUACAAUCUAGUGUUGAAUGCAUCGUGGCACUUCUUGGAAGCCUUCAAGUUCUAAGUUCAAGUGAGGUAAACGACACAACAAUGCCCAAUCAAGCAAUGGAGACAAUUAAUUCACGGUACACCUACCUCACAGAAGUAGAUUAUACAGGUCCGCUGACGUAUCAAUCAAUGGCUCGUCUGCCAGCACCAUAUCGGGACGCUGUAGCUGUCUUACGACAAAAUGGCUUUGAAACAUCAUCUGCAUCCGAUAGUGAUGCUGAAAAUAUUGAGGCUGAUGUGGUGUCAAAUAAUUCUGGUGAUACCGAAGGCCCCGAAGAAGAUGCCCCAACGUCUAGUGAUGAGGUGUCUGCAGAUUUAGGAUGGCCGUAUUCGUACUUGGAAACCCCAACACCUGUACGUAGUGAUGGGGAUAUCGAUAGAAGGCACGCAAGGGAAUUUGCGAAACAACUGACCUGUGAUUUGGUUCCCAAAUUGCUUCUCCUCAGAAGUUCUGUGGAAGUUGAUGAAGCAAUGCAGGAGUUUGCUAGCUCAAUUUGUCAACAAAAUACCUACACUUUCUCAGAUUUUGAUUACAAUCUCACAAUUCUCAAUGCGGACGGGAUUUAUUUGGCCAUAUAUUCGGCUCUGUUGUUGAGUCUUCAGUUAACAAGAGCAGGACAUUAUAAGAAUCUCGAUGGGAACACUAUAAUUCCGUUGUCUGAGCAGCAAUUUGUAACUUCUGUUCAAAAUGCUGGCGUAUUGGUAUACUUAUCAUCAGCAUGGCUCUCUGAACUCUAUCAAUGCAUUUUAGUUACAAAUCCUUUAUGUAGUUUAAAAUCAACGGAUACGGAUCAAUUCUAUUGCGCUCUUGUAGAUAUGUUGUGCGAUGCUGGAGGAUGGGGACAUACACAAAUGCUAUCAGAUUGGCAGCGGCUGCAAACAGUGGCAAAGGUGCAACCAGAAAUAAGUGAACGACAGAUGGCGGCUAAAAAAUUAGCACGACGUCUUCUCACUUGCUGCUGGGAUUCAAUGGUUACAGUCCUUACAGCAGGUUUGGGAGAUAUUGAAGACAUGAAAAGUAGUCGCCUUGUAGCGUUGUCAAAGAAGACCCUUCGAACGCGGCGGAAACAACGUAAUGACGGGGAAACGCUCUACGCUACAAGUCUUGAAGGUCUACAUGCCGCAGCAAAACUCAGUAAUUCCUUAAACUUGCAGCAUUUAUCGGGGAAAAUUCUGAGUUUGAUUGCUGCAAACGUGUGUCAAUCGCAUGGACCACGAAUACCAACAAAUCAAGCCCUAUCGAUGGACGUCAUUCUAUCUGGUGGACUUGAGCUAGGCUCCUUUAGCCCUGACUGUUGGUUGCCAGUUUUUUCAGUAUGUCGUCAUGUGGCUCAAAUGGAACAUGAGUUAUUUAGUCUGCAAAAUUCUGCCACAAAUAUUAAUAGCACCAGUGGAAUAACCAAAGAUGGAAACGAAAACAAAGACAACAGAAAUGGAACAUAUGCUGGCACAGGAUGUGAUAAGCUAAAUAUUAGUUCCAGUCCUAUUGGGGAUGAUGAAACAUGUAUUGAUGUAUACAGCUUCUUGCAGGCUCCUCUUCAAAACUCCAAUACUAGCGUUUCGACGAUCCUAAAAACAUACACAGGAAGCAAUGAACCAAUAUUGCUGACACAAGCAGAUACGGCAAAGAUUCUCUGCGCGCUUUCCCAUAAAGCAGACAAUUUGUUUAGCGAUGCAGCUGAAAGACUCAGUCUACCGGCAAUUUGUCAAUUUUUGCGGAGUCUUUGUAAAGCAUCAAGGGAGCAACUUUAUAGGAAUUCCAAUGGAAAAAGUGGAAAAAAGUCUUGGUGGCCGACACGAAGUAACUGGAAACAGUCAACGGAUUCGAAUCCACUUUCUUUAUUACUCCAUCGUGUGGGAGAUGUGACACUUAAGGUCUUUCGCGGACCACGUCCGCUUUUGCAUAUAUUGAAGGUUUGGGCUAUUACUGGACCUCAUCUAAUGGAUGCAGCUUGUCACAAAGACAGAACAAUCUCUAAAAGAGCAAUUGAGUACAUUCAUGAUGUCAUAACAGCUCUGCUUGUUGAGCAAUCCGAAUUGCCACAUUUUCACUUUAAUGAAGCAAUGCUGAAACCUUUUGAAAAUCUCCUCAGUAUGGAAACAUGUGACAUUGAUGUUCAGGAUCAAAUAGUAUCUUGCCUUUAUGAGAUUGUCGAAGCACAUCGUACAGAAAUUCGCUCUGGCUGGCGACCGCUCUUCGGUACACUCAGAAAUGCCCGCAAUCGUCCACUGCACUUGUCCAACGUAUCGGACAUCUUUCGUGUUUUUCUUGAAAGUGACAAUAUGCUGGUGUUUGCGAAUGCCGGACUUGACUGUAUUCUCUGUUUGUUAUCGUAUAUAGAGAUUUCUGGAAGUCCGGGAGUUUCCGAGGACGAUCCUAUUCGGCCAACAGACUUUCUUCAUGAAACAUUAAAAUUUCUCGAGCGAUGCUCCUCUAUAUUGGCCUUUAUGUAUACAAUGCCUAAGUGUCCGAAGCUCCAUUCAACAUACAAAAUUAAGGGUAUAACUUACACACACGUAAUUGAUGCUAAUAUACCAAAUUCUAUGGAAAAUUUUACAUAUUUCGGAAAUGACUAUCUACAGAACAAUAAUGAGAAACAUAUGAUCUCCUACAGAUCAUUACAUAUUGACAAAGAAUCGGUUAUAAAAAUUGAUGAAUUAGACAAGGUGAGCGGUGUGCUAAAAGUGUGGUUCCUACUGCUCGAUGGUCUUACAAAUUCCCUUAUUGUUUGUCCAACAUCCCAUCAGUCGCCCAUUCUGCAGUGUAUUUUUAAACUCUUCAAACUUCUUCUCAUUAGCCCGGGAAUUGAUUUCGGGUUUUACUGUAUAAACCACCUGCUGAUCCCCAUGAUUCAAGAUUGGCUUAGGUACGUUAACAAGACACAGCGUAGUUGGCAGCCAAUUGAGAAAAACUUUAAACACUGCUGUGGCAUGACUACUGAUCUCAUUGUUGAAUUCAUUGAGAAAUCUCAGAGAAAAAUUGUAGCAAAUCAAACGACAAUACAAAAUAAAGUUACAAAUGUUUUGCGUCCAGUAGACAAUCUCAGGUACAACCAACUCAGAUCAAAGAGCGAAUACUCAUCAAGUAGCGAUGAGACAACUUCAACAGAAUCUCCGACGAAAAUACCUGCGCCAGCUACUUUAGCGUUAAAGCAACUACUGCUGGUGCUAACUGAGUGUACUGCACAAGUACAAGAAUCAGUAGCAAGAGUAGGUGUGUCCUGCUUGAAACACGUUAUACUUGCAACAGGACACAUAUUCAAUGAGGAACAGUGGUUGAUAGCGUGUUCAGCCAUCCAUAGAGCAUGUACUGUUACGAUUGCUCCACUUCGACAACUUGGAUUCGCUUUUAAUGAAAAGUCAAAUAGUUUUUACGGAGACUGCGCCACUGUAAAGGUAGCUGCUCGAAAAGACAGCACAAUUGAUGAACUUCAGAGAAUCUAUGCUUUAGCACAGCAGGUCUUUCUCAUGGACAAUCAGAGGGAGAUGCUUGUUUCAAAAUCUAGCAACCACGAAGGGAAGCACAUCAUUGACGAUCGGAGCUACUCUUUCCUGCUGUACCCAUUGCCGAAUGGAUAUGGCCACAACAUCGACAACUUUGUUAUUCGCAUUCCUUACAGAAAUCUCGUGAUUGGUCUUCUUGCAAAUCAAAUGCUACUCCAGCUCGUUGCAAAUCUUCUUCUAAGUAAGCUUAAAUGUGUUCCUCCUGAAGUUCAUGGUUGCAUUUUUGAGGGAUAUCCUGCAGAUGUGAAAGCUGAUUAUGAAUUGGGCUUCAGAUCGCGUGAGAUGUUGCUACGUUGCAUAAAACAGUACAUAACGAGUGCUUUUGAAUUUGACUCACGUCCAGGACUUAAGUUUCUCAUGCAAAAAGUUUCCAAUAUUGACUUUGCUGCAAAUCUCUAUAAGCAGAUGAUUUCAUCAUGGAUGGUUUAUUUUAUAUCACUCGUAGAUUCCUACUUGACGGAUAUUGAGGUGUACAAAUUAACGACAGAAGAUUUGCUGUAUAUCCUGGAAUCGUGCUCUCGGGUGAAUACAACAACCGUGAAAAAGAAGGAGAACUUUGUGCGAUAUUUAUUUUGUUUGCAAGAUGCCUGGAAUUUAAUCUGUGAAGAAUAUCUCAAUCAGACGAAUUUGCACAUGGCGAAAACUGGAAAGGAAGAUAUAACUACUCACGAGAGAUAUGAAGAUCGGAUGGUUUUCUGUGGGGAUGAGAAAAUCGAUGAAGAUGCUGAGAAGGAGUUAAAAGAGGAAAGUGGUAGUCAUAGCAAGAACCCUUUUCAUGACAACUACAAGGAAGAUUCUGAUGAGGACUUACGCGAGAAAUUGUCUACGAAUUCGGAAAAAACUAGCACUGAUAACGCAAUUAAUGGGGAUUCACCCGACUCAGUGAGCGGUCGUCUAUUAGUCAAAAGAAUGAAUCCCUUCGAUAUAAAUCGCUCCCCAUCAAUCGAUGGAAGUUCUAUGAGCUUUUCCACUGAAUCUAUCAAUCAGGCAGUGUCACCUGAAAUUGAGCAACAACGUGCAUUAAGCAUACUUCGAGAUUCUUCUUAUAAACGCGCUGCCAUUACACAGCUCGUAAUUGCAUCCAUGGAACUGCUCAAAUCACUUCCAGAGGAGUCAUCAGAAAAGCUAAAAGUUCUUUUAACACCUACCAUUCGGGAAGCUUUUCGCCUAGUCAAGGCACAAGGACGAGAGGUGAAGGUUGAACAAGUGUAAUUGCUCAAUGAAUCUGUGUCGAGUUGUUUGACCUUAUUAAGUUUAACUCUAAUAUUCUUAUAUCCUUUACUAUAUGAUUAUUAUACUAAUAAUAUUACUAAACCGAAACUAAUUUAACUAAAUGAUCCAUUCUUUCUUUCAUUUAACUUUCUAAGGAGAGAAUUAUUGCACUGGUAAUAUAUUUUUUUAAAACUCUUAUCGAGUUUUGCUUCCUUUCUCUCCUUUUCCGCACCUAACAGCUUCAAAAUCAUAGAACUAUCUGUAUUUUUUUUAAAUCUCAUUUUAGCAAUGUUUUAUAGGAACAAAAUACAUUUAAACAAUGUAUUUAUUAUAUAUUUGAGAAUCUCUAAUUACAUGGAGCUUAUCAAAUAAAUUUAUUAUUAUUUUUAUUAUAAAAAUGUAUCGUAUAUUUACAUGGAUAUAGCAGAAAAAAUAAUAUUUAUUUGUGAAGUAUGUACCUAUCACUUCUCCCAUGAAAAAAAUAUGGUAACUUUAUAGAAAAUAAACAGUCAUUACCAUAAAUUUACAUGGGUGAGGGGCUAUUCAAACAGUAAUAAUUUUGUGCAAGCAGCAGCCAAGUGUAAGAAUUUUAUUGCAAAAUAUAUUUGUGCAGAAAACGUA